CUGACGACGUCCCCGAAGUGCGUAUCUCUCUGCGGACAGGGGAAUGACCAUGAGUCGGAUUGUACAGCUAGCAAAAUCAUAAUUUUCGGUGAACGUCCUCAUCGCUGUAAAACUCUGCGGUCCAAGAAAUGGAGCUCGAAACUAGCGUGGUGGUCAUAGGGGGUUUUCGGAAGUUUUCGUCUUUGGUUUACGGCCGGAGCGAAGGUGAUCGGCAGAUCGUGAACGCGCUUCUAGAUGACGUGAACGCUCUGGACUUCAGCCGCACGGUCAUCACCAAUGUCGAUAAAGCGGUGUUGAUAAUUAAUCAGUGUUGUUCCCUUGUUCCCCCGAAUGACACUUUCUUGGUCGCCAAAGGUUGUCACCUCAUAAACAAUCUUGUGGAGAAACAAGACGUACGAGUUGAAGGACGCACCCUCACAGUUGCCAUACAGUGGUGCAUUCAGGCUCUCAAACAAUGUCCCAGUGUCGCAUCCCAAGAUGUGUUGGCUGCUCUUGGUGUUCUCAUCAGGGGCAAUGGUCCAAAGGUUCAAGAACACAGCCAAGCUAUACUUGCUGUAUUGUCUCCACUUCUGAAUGCAACAUCAGAUGAUAAUAGUCUCUCAUCACCAUGGGAAUUGAGAGUAGCUGCGUUGCAUUGUUUGGAAGCACUCAGCGCCCCUCCUUCGGAUCGGUCACCCACGGACUCAGAGCACCUUCAAACAUGUUUAAAAAUAUUCUUUAAUCAAUUGAAUAUAGACAAACAUCCUGAUCAGAAUGAAGCUAACCUUUGCAAGAUCAUUCUUUCUGCUCUGAGAGGGAUAGAAAAUGUUGUUGUCCAAACAAAUACAGGUGGUGAUUUAGUAGGCGAUGUUAUAGGGGCUGCCAAAGUAUUUAUGCUCUUUGGUCUCCCAUCAUAUCAGGCUGUGAAACCUUCCAGAGUAUUACCAGCAGCUGUACCUGUUUGUGAUGUUCCACCUCCAGCUACCCGAGGUCCCAAAACAAUUAAAGGCGUUGGAAGUCGCACCAGGCCACCACGGAAGAGAUCCACUCCAGCCAAAAAGAAAUGCGACCCAAAUGAUGAUGAGGAUGACAGUCCUCAUCAGGGGCCUGCCGUGCCUUCUGUCCUCGCUCAUCCAGAUGUGUCAUGGCCGUACAGUGUGCCUGGGCUGGAGUGCUCUUGGCGAACAAGUGAUUCUGAGUUUUCCGACUCAGAAGUCCCAGGGGCGCGACUGCGAUCGCAACAUGCGCGUAUUCGACAGGCUGCUCUUCAGCUGUUGCUGUCUCUGAUCAAAGUCACUGACAGGCGCGUAAUGUGUGGGUAUUGGUGGAGCCUCCUGCCCGAUGGAUUGCAUGCAACAAAUACUCGAACUCUCAUCACCUGCGUCUUGAGAGACCCCUCUCCCCGCUGUCGCACUGCAGUGCUUAUUGUGCUGUGGACUUUAUUGGUGGGAUCGAGAUCUUACUUGCAGCAAGCUGAGCAUGGGGACCCUUGUGGGUCUUUUAUACCAUUUUCUGUGUCCCUGGGUAACAUGCUGAGGGAACUUCAUAGAUCACUGGCAUUGGCUUUAGCAGCAGAGAAUGCAGUGUUAGCUCUUACACAACUACUUCGCGUUGUUGCCAUCUUAGUUCAAAACACUCCCUACCAUCGCCUCCAGCCAGGUCUUUUAACAAAGAUUGUUAGAUCUGUUCGACCCCUUACUGUUCAUAAAGAUGUGAACAUCCAAGUGGCAGCUCUGACAGUACUUGGUGCUGUGGUAGCCGUACUUCCCUCCUUACCAGAGCUCACAAACUGUCUGAUGAAACCUCGGUUUGCCUUGUCUCUCUCAAGAGGUAUCAAUGCCAAUGGAGUGAAGCAAGGGAAUCAAGGUGAUGAUGAUGGUAGUGGCGAUGAUGAUGAUGGGUACGGAGAGCAAGAAGAAGUUGAGUUAGAUGCAGAGGAAGCUGAAGCAGGAGGUUUUGUGCAAGUCUCACAAAGCACAAGUUUAACUUCCGAGACACAGACUGCAUCACAUUCUGUGGCAGGUUCUGGUUUGCCCUGGAUUCUGGAACUCUGUCUCAGAAAUCUUGGCUGUCAGACUGUUGCAAGUGGAGGAGUAUCAAAAUUUUCAGUUAUGCUCGAGGGAACUUUCGCAGCUGCUCCAGUACGUGUGGAGUCACUGCAAGUUAUUGGUGCCAUGGCUACUUGUCACUUUGCCAGCGCUAUUGCUCCAAAUAUUGGUGUUCUUCAAAGUGCUUUGGAAGUUGCUCUUAAAGACACAGAUGAGUCUAUUCGGCUCCAUGCAGCACGUGCUGUUGAGAGUAUUGGAUUGGCAAUGCAUAAAUCUCUUGAAGAUGAAAAUGGGUCUAAAAUAUCCAUGGAAGUGAUUGCAUCCUUUUGGAGGGAACUUUUGAGUGGCUCUGUUACAUCACUAGUACAGUGUGUUGAUCAACCAUCUUUGAGGGCUGCUGCUUGUGACUGUUUAGCCAACAUUGGAAUGAGUGUGUUUGAAAAGCUCUCGUCUGACCAACAAAUACUUAGUUUUACUCUUUUAUUUGGAUGUGUGAAUGAUGAAGAAAGCUUAGUUCGUGCAUCUGCUGUGAGGGCUAUUGGCCUUUUUGCCUUGUAUCCGUGCUUACGCAAGGACAUACAAUUCACUUUGGACUCCAUUGAAGCUGUCACUCAAUCCCUCAAAGAUGAAAAUCAAAUUGUUCGUAUGAAAGCCUCUUGGUCACUAGGGAAUAUUAGUGACUCUCUCGUUUUUAAUAGAUCUGAAGGUUGUGAAGAGGUCCCAAACAGUGUUUUAUUAGAAUUACUUCAGGCUAGUGUUACUGCCUCACUUGACAGUGACAAGGUACGGGCCAAUGGUGUACGUGCUCUUGGAAAUUUCUUGAGAUUGGUCUCAGCUGAUGCUGUGAGACAACAUGGAGUAGAUGUCAUAGACAAAGCAGUGAAUGCUUUAACACGCAAUGCUUGUGUGGGAAGUAACAUGAAAGUUCGCUGGAAUGCCUGUUAUGCUCUUGGAAAUAUGUUGAAGAAUCCAGAGUUGUAUGAACAUAACAUUAAUUGCCAGACAACCAUUUUUCCAGUUUUGUGCAAUUUAGUUCACAAUUUCCGCAAUUUUAAAGUACGGAUCAAUGCUGCAUUGGCUUUGGGAGUACCUGAGCAUCGGGCGCUGUAUGGUCAACAUUUCUCUGCAGUUUGGACAGCUCUUCUUGCUGGUUUGGACAAUUCUGAACAUAUGGCAGACUUCAAUGAGUACAAACAUAGAGAUGCACUCUUAGAUCAAGUAAUAAUAGUGAAAAUUUACAUUUUUCUUGUGGUAACUACUUACGUCCUCAAAAUUAACAUUUUUAUAAAAUUCCAGAUUUGUAGCUCCCUGUGCCACAUAGCAUCUUUAGUUACAAUUGAAGACCUGACUGGACUUCAUGAUGAACUAGUCCUUCAUCAAGAGUCUCUUCAACAGCACUUAACUCGAAUGGAGGAUUCAGUAGUUCCUGAACGAGCAGGAGUUUUUCUAAGUGCUGCCAAUCACACCAAUCAACUUUUAUCUAAUUCAUCUCUAAAUGGGGUUCAACGCACCACUGCAAUUAUCCUUCACAAUGCAUUCAAACUAAACCAAGAUAAGCUAUAAGCCCAAUAAUUUGUUAAUUUUAUCUGUAUUUUGGAGUUUAACAAAGUAAUCAUUGUAUGAAUUUAUUUUACUUGACAGUUUGCGAGAUGUAACAAUUUUUACCAAAGGAAGAUAAUUUUUCCAUAUGGUUCUCUUGCUGUGAUAUUUAUUUCUACCAAUUUCACAGGAUAUGAACAGAACACGUCAUCCUGUAUUGAAUACUUUUCAUUUCAGAAUAUAUUUAUUUUUUUGAGUGACAAUAAAUUUUUGUGAUUAAUAUCAA